UGGUGGGCAGCAGCACGCACCACAGUCAGUCCCCGUGUCCAGUCCCAGUGUUUUUCAGAGUCUAUGGAAACCCGCAGUCGGGUUACAAACAGCCCCAGAACCCCCAGAAAGCGAAAUCUAAUCGGUUCUAGAGGUCCCGGUCUCUCUCGGCCAGAUAGUGCGUGGGCUCUAAUCGCGGAAUCCGCCAUAAAUACCAUACCCAACGGACAAGUGGUUGAUCCAGUGCCAAUUCGGGGGCAAAACGCCCGAAAGAUAUUAUCAAGCCAACGGCUGGUCCAAAUAUGUAGUGUUUGCCGUUGUGUUUCCUUCCCUGUUGUUCGGUCGUACCGUUGCAGUUGUUGGGACAGCUAAGACAAACCAGAAACGGAAUCGAUUCCAAGUGCAGUGCAGUGGAAGACGACGAGCAAGAAGAAGCAGAAGAGGCAAUGCCAGUGGCAGUGGCAGAGUGAAGAAGGGAGAAGGAAGAAGGAUUGAAGAGUGUAUUCCAUAUGGAAAACCAGCUCCAGCUGCAGUUACAGCUCCACUGUUUUUUUGUAAAUCGAGGCAGGAACUGGCCCCAACGAUCGAGCUGACAAAAGAGAAUAACGACAAAACAAAGAAGCAGGCGAACAAAGAACACAAGCCAAGAAAAACAGAGAACACAGUGUCGGUCAGAGAGGAGAGAGGAGAGCGACAAGAGUUCUUUCUCAUAGAGAUACUCGUGCAAGUGUGUGGCUGCAAGAUACAGAUCCAGAUACAGUGACAGAGACAGCGACAGAUCCCGCGGAGCAGUCCCAGCAUCCACAUCGUUAAGAGAGGCAGAGAGCGACAGGAAAACCCCCCAAAAAAGCUCAAUACGAAUGGUGUGCACACAGCGUAAAUACGACAAAAUUGUUAAUUAAGACGCCAAAUGUUUGGCAGUCGUCGAAAGUGCAGAGGCGAGUGGCGGGAGGCAAAGUAAACCACAGAGAGAGAACGCGCACUGUGAGAGAGAGAGAGAGAGAGAGAGAGAGAGAAGUGCGGGUGCAAUUACCUUGCGUUUGUGUGAGUGUGUUGUGUUCCGUUUCCAUUUCGUUCACCUGAACAGCUGUCUUCGCGCACGAUCUCUCUCCGCUCACUCACCCACUCUCUUGUUGGUUCGCUUGGCACCCGCAUCUCCAAGCCGUUAUCAGUCAACUGAACUGCCUGCACCAGCUCAGUUUUCUGCAACUAAUUGGGAACAAGCAGACAGGAGAGAAGCAGACAAAAACGGAGAGGAGCGGUGAAGACAACCAACCUUCGCCGCGACGCGUCCCACACAUAUAAAUAGGAGAAACAGACCAACCAGACGACAGAUUGCCGUCCUCUAAGCCUCCAUCGAAGCUCCAUUUGAAAAGUCCGCCGCCCCCCCCUCACACAUACACACAGAAUGCCACGUACAACAAACCUUGAUGUGGCCUUGCCACCAACUCAAGAUGAUCUCAGCAGAUCCAAGUCCAACACAUUGAACUCUCAGCGGAAUGGGGUCGGUGCUGGAGGAACUGGAACCUUCGGGGGAGCCUACAGCAGCGGGAAGAGUGGGCCCGACAAACCAACGAUACUCCAGAUGAUAUUGGAGGCCUUCGGGCUGCGCAAUCACACACAAAACCGCGAGCCAACGUCCAAGGAUAUUGGCACACUGAUAAUGCUGGGGGUGAUGUUCCUGCUGUUCGUGAUCAGUGUGACUGGAUUCUUUGUGAUGUGGUUCACCGAGUUCUACAACAACACCAUGCUAGAGAAUCUGGUACUGGCCGAGAACUCGGACACGGCCAAGAGUUGGCUCAACCCUGACCCCAAGUACGAUACGCUGCUGAAGGCGCACAUCUUCCACUACCCCAACAUCGAGGAUUAUCUGGCCGGGCGGGCCGAUAAGAUACAGAUUCGCGAUAUGGGCCCGCUAGUCUACCAAGAGCACACGGUCAAGGACGAGGUCUCGUUCAACAAGAAUUUCACGGUCACCUUCAGGGAUCGCAAGUCGUACAAGUUUCUGCCAGAGAAGUCGGCCAUCCGGGAGGAUGAUGUGCUGCUGGUACCAAAUGUGCCGCUGAUCAGUGCCGCCGGUCACGUGAAGCGUAUGCCUUACGCCACGCGCCUCAUUUCAGGCAUGUUAAUCAACACGUUCAACGAACCCCUGUUCAAGAACCUUACGGCUGCAGAGUACCUUUGGGGAUACGAGGACAAGAUCAUCAAACUGAAGAGCCUGGGCAAGGGCAAGAGACGUUUCGGCCUGCUGAUGAGCCGAAAUGGAACCAGCGUGGACUCGAUUCAGGUGAACACCGGCGAGGACGAUAUCACCAAGUACAGCACCAUCACCCAAUUCAAUGGCAUGCCCCAGCUGGACUACUGGGAGGGGGAGGAAUGCAAUCGAAUCGAUGGUGUGGACCCCUCCAUGUUCUCCCCGAAUCUCCUGCAGACUCGCGAUACGGUUCACGUCUUCCUGCAAGUGUUGUGUCGCAAGGUGCCCCUCAACUUUGAGAAGGAGGUGACCAUCUACGACGACAUCGAUGUGCUGCGCUACCGGACGCCCAUGGAUGUGUUUGACCAUCCGUCCGAGAACCCGGCGAAUCAGUGCUAUUGCCACAACACGGAACGCUGCCUGCCCAGCGGAGUGAUCAAUGCCACCAAGUGCUACGGGGACUCGCCCAUCUUUCCCUCCUUCCCGCACUUCUUCUCCGGCGAUCCGGUCCUGUACAAGAUCUUCGAUGGCAUCAAACCCGAUGCGGAGCUCCAUCAGACCUACGCCGACAUUCAUCCGCGCUUUGGUUUCCCCAUCAGCGGAGCUUCGCGUGUCCAGAUCAACAUUAUGCUGGACAAGACCCCUCUACUGAAGAAUCAGGGGGAUCGUCUGGAGAACGGUACCAUCUUGCCACUGAUGUGGAUCGAGAUCACUUCGGGUGACUUUUCGGAGGAGAUACUGCACAUGCUGUACGUGAGCACCUUCUACCUUGACGCCAUCCAGCAGUCUCUCAAGUAUGGUACGCUCCUCAUCUCCGUGACCUCCUUCAGCCUGAUUGUGGCCGGGGUCUACUACCUUAACAGCAAGCGAGAGGAGCACCUCCAGGAGAGCAAGUCCUCCGCUGAGCUCGAGGCGCUGAACGGUGGCAUAGUGAUGGUGCAGCACUUAAACAUACCAGUCUCCUGUGGCCCUUCUGCUCCACACAUCGAAGUGGAUGAUCAUCGAGCAGCGUAGACCAGGUGACCAAGCAGUGCCAUUAGUUAGAUAGUUAGUUAGUUAGUCAUGGGCGGGGACGGGGAAAAUUAUCCAGACUUUUAUGAGAUUUUCGAAUUUUUCUAGGAUUAAACGUACACCUUAGUCAGCCAGUUACCUGUACUGUAGUAUGUAGCCAUCAGUUUGUAUAUAUGUAAAAAUGUUAAUAAACUUAUAUUCUCAUUUAUGUA